AUGCCGAAAAGGAAGAGAGAUGGCUCGGAGGCGUCUGCCAGUGACGCAGAAGGUGUAGAGACCGGUGUCAGCAUUCGCCAACACAGAGUGCAACACAAGUUGGAGCUUGCCCAUAAGCAACUUGCUCGUGCCUUCAAGACGGCAAAGGGCUUCGAGGCGCAAAAGUCUGGAAGGCGGCGCAAGACUGCUGGCGCAAACAGCGAUGAGAAGGAGGUCGCGCGCAUAGAAGCCGAGACCGCUGCUUUGAAGACACUAGAUCUCUCUGCCACGGCACGCAGCUAUCUGUAUAAGUCUUUGAUCAAGUUCAAAGCCGUUGCUCAAUCACCCGACCUCCCCAAAGCCGUGUCCACUCCACCACCACCGAUCACCGACACUGCAAAGGCCAACGUCAUUGCUCGACUAUGCAACUCGAACCCUGUCAAGGAAGCCCUCCCUCCAUUACUCAAGGAUCUACAGCGCGCUCUUGGAAUUGAACCUAAGGAUGUAAAAGAGGGAAAGAAGCGCCUAAGGGCCAAGGAUAUCGAGAAGCAGAAGCAGGAGGAGCUGUCAAAAUCACAAUCGACCAAAAAAUCACGGCCUGCCACUGACCCCGAGUCUGGUGAUGUCAGCAUGGCAGAACCUGACGACGAGAGCGACGUUCGGCAACCCACACACCGCAAGGAAAAUGCACGGGAAGCUGGAGAUGGCAGCGAUGGUGAAUUCGCAGAGUUCAAUGACAGACUCGCUGGCUCUGAUAGCGAAGACGACGAAGCAAGCGACCAUGAGAUGGGGCCUACAAAAGGCAAGGCAUCUCGUGCUGCAGCAUUACGAGCGGCUCUCGGCGACUUGUCUCGAUCAGCAUCUGUAUCACCUUCACCGUCUGCCUCGCCGUCGCCGUCACCCUCUCCGGAACCGGAUUCGCCGCCAGCCACGACCACCAAAGCCGGUACAUCGGCCUUUGUUCCUUCUCUGACUAUGGGCGGCUACUGGUCUGGCUCAGAGUCUGAGGCUGAGGACUUCGAGGACGGGCCACCCAAGAAGAACAGAAGAGGUCAACAAGCACGACGAGCCAUCGCCGAGAAGAAGUUUGGCAAGAACGCGAAGCAUUUACAAGGGCAGGAGAAGGCAAGCAAAAAUGACAGAAACGCUGGCUGGGAUGCGAAACGUGGCGCAACCGAUAGAACAGGUCCACGAGGUGCUCGCGGAGGUGCACCUCGAGCCCGCUUUGAGAGACCAGGUCAGGAUCGCGGGGUCAGCAAAGAUGAUGCCCCUCCGAAGAAGAAGCACAGAGAUGACCAGGGCUCGUUGCAUCCCUCUUGGGAAGCUGCGAAGAAGGCAAAGGAGGCCAAGAAGGUCACGGCGAACUUCGAGGGCAAGAAGAUCACUUUUGACUAA